AUGCACAACACUUGCGAAUUUGAGAAGUCUGCUGUGCAAGACAUGGAAAAACCUCUCCCCUUUGUUUUCCUUUUCUUUUUUCAUUGCUUCAUGUCCUGCUUAGCUUGGAGUCAAACAAACAUGACUACCGACAUAUCUGCACUCCUUUCCCUUAAAUCCUAUAUCACUUCGGAUCCAUACAAUUUCUUAGCUAAUUGGUCUGUCUCUUCUUCUCCCUGUAGUUGGGCUGGUGUCACCUGCAAUACUCGUCAUGGAAGGGUCCAUUCCUUGAAUCUUGGUGGCAUGGAUCUUAAGGGUAGCAUAUCUCCACAACUAGGAAAUCUCUCCUUUCUAGUUGAUCUUGAUCUCAGUAAAAACAACUUUCAUGGUCAAAUUCCUCAAGACUUAGUUCAAUUACGUCAAUUGAGACUGUUCAACUUGAGCUAUAAUGACUUUUAUGGACAAGUUCCAACAUGGAUAGGAGAUUUAUCUAUGCUUGAGCAGCUGAGUUUUCGAAAUAACAGUCUCAAUGGGUUUAUUCCAUUAUCUCUAUUCAAUCUAUCAAGGUUGGAGACUUUGGAUUGGAACUCUAAUAUCAUUGAAGGUACCAUUCCACUUAAGAUAGGAAGUCUAAAGCACUUGAAGAAUUUACAACUUUCAAGGAACAAACUUUCAGGAACAAUUCCCCAAACAAUUUCCAACUUAUCUUCACUUGAACUGCUAUGGUUGUCUUAUAAUAGUUUGUCAGGUUAUAUACCCAAGGAUGCAGGCAAUCUUGUUAGACUUGAAAUGUUAGACUUGGGAGCAAAUAAUUUGCAUGGAUCUAUUCCUUCCAAUAUAUUUAACAUUUCAACAUUAACAAGAGUGUUCCUUGAUUGGAAUGUCCUCUCUGGCCUUUUGCCAUCAUAUUUAGGAAUUGGUCUUUCCAACCUGCAGGAGUUAGAUUUGGCAGGAAAUGGACUAACUGGACAAAUUCCAAAUAGCAUAUCAAAUGCUUCUAAGCUCAUUAAGUUAGAUUUGUCAUCGAAUAAAUUUAAUGGAGUUAUACCCACUACCCUUAAAAGUUUAACAAACUUGAUAGAAUUAGAUUUGGGUGAGAAUCAUUUGACAGGGUUGAUUCCAGACAUAUUUAACUGA